CACUGUCUGGCCUUUUAGCACAGCGUCGGCCUCCGAACUGUGCAGUGUGUUGGCAUCCACCGAGCAUCGCCCCUCACCUCCGUCAGCUGUUGCUUGUCUCUGCCCACCGCAGCCAUGGCAAACAAGGGCCCGGCCUAUGGCAUGAGCAGGGACGUCCAGUCCAAGAUCGAGAAGAAGUACGACGAUGAGCUGGAGGAUCGCCUGGUGGAGUGGAUCGUGGCUCAAUGUGGGUCCAGCGUGGGCCGCCCGGACCGGGGCCGCCUGGGCUUCCAGGUCUGGCUGAAGAACGGCAUCGUCCUCAGCCAGCUGGUCAACAGCCUCUACCCUGACGGCUCCAAGCCCGUCAAGAUCCCCGACAGCCCCCCCACCAUGGUGUUCAAGCAGAUGGAACAGAUCGCCCAGUUCCUCAAGGCGGCUGAGGACUAUGGCGUGGUCAAGACAGACAUGUUCCAGACCGUGGAUCUCUUUGAAGCCAAGGAUAUGGCGGCGGUGCAGAGGACACUGGUGGCCCUGGGGAGCCUGGCGGUGACCAAGAACGACGGGCAUUACCACGGGGAUCCCAACUGGUUCAUGAAGAAGGCGCAGGAGCACAAGCGGGAGUUCUCCGAGAGCCAGCUGAAGGAGGGCAAGAACAUCAUCGGCUUACAGAUGGGGACCAACAAGGGCGCGUCACAGGCGGGGAUGAGCUACGGCCGACCCCGGCAGAUCAUCAGCUAAACAGCCCCCGCCUCCCCCAGCCCCAGCCAGGACCUCCGUCUCCGCUCCCUCUGCCCCUCGUGCCGCAGCUGCUGGGGCAACGGCGACAACAAGCGCCCCUCACCGAUUGGUAUUUAUUGAAAUCAAAAAGCCAGCCAGCCCAAACGACCCUUCAGCGCAUCGACCGGCAGCACGCACCGAGCGGCGGCCCCCGCGGCGAUGCUGGUGCAGCCCGGCCAUGCCCUGCCGUGCUCGCUCCGGCUCCCGGGCGGCCUCUCGAGCUCUCUCCUCUUCUCUCCGGCCUCGCACGCUCCCCGCUUCACCCCUGCGAGCCCCGCCGCGACCUGGCCCUGCCCCGCUGUGCCGAGCCGCGCUCGUGGGGACCCACGGUGCCCCAUCGCCCCCCCCGGGACGGGCGCGUACCCCAGCACCCGGAGCCACCCCGCCCGCCCAUCACCCCGCACCGGCCAAGCGUCACUCCGGCAGAGAUCCUUGCGAAUGGGGAGAAAAGAAAAUUGGCCUCGGUUUUGUACUUUGUUUUUGUCAAAAUUAAAAAGGUUGUUCAUCUUA